AUGGUGAAGGAAACGACGUAUUAUGAUGUUUUGGGGGUACGACCCGACGCUUCGGCGGAUGAUCUGAAGAAGGCAUAUAGAAAGCUGGCACUGAAGUACCAUCCGGACAAGAAUCCCAAUGAGGGUGAGAAGUUCAAGCAGAUCUCGCAAGCUUACGAGGUGCUGUCGGACGCAGAGAAGCGCAGUAUCUACGAUGAGGGUGGUGAGGCGGCGAUUAAGAAGGGUGGCACGGGUGGUGGUGGCUUCACGAGCCCCAUGGAUUUGUUCGAUAUGUUCUUCGGCGGUGGCUUCGGGGGUGGUCGACGUCGUGAGCGUCGUGGCAAAGAUCUGGUGCACCAACUCAGCGUAACCCUCGAAGAGCUCUACAUGGGGGCCGUGCGCAAGUUGGCUCUGCAGAAGAGCGUGAUUUGUGAUAAGUGCGAGGGACGCGGUGGCAAGAAGGGAGCCGUGGAGAAGUGCGGCACCUGCCGCGGGACGGGCAUUGAGACAAAGAUUCAGCAAGUUGGCCCGGGGAUUGUGCAGCACUUUGAGCACAUGUGCAGGCAAUGCCAUGGGCAGGGGGAGAUAAUAGCUGCUAAGGAUCGCUGCAAGACGUGCAACGGGAAGAAAACGGUGCGGGAGCGCAAGAUUCUCGAGGUGCACGUGGAGAAGGGGAUGCGAGAUAGCCAGAAGAUUGUCUUCUCAGGUGAAGGUGAUCAGGAACCAGAUCUGCAGGCAGGAGAUAUUGUCAUUGUGCUCGAUGAGAAGGAACAUCCCGUCUUUAAGCGAUCACGCGAUGAUCUUGUCAUGACGAUGCAACUGCAACUCGUGGAGGCACUCUGUGGCUUCCAGAAGGUCAUCAAGACACUCGAUGAGCGUGAUUUGGUCAUCACAUCACUCCCGGGUGAGGUGAUUAAGCAUGAAUCCCUCAAAUGCAUCAUUGGCGAAGGGAUGCCACAGUAUAAGAAUCCAUUUGAGAAGGGACGUCUCAUCAUUCAAUUUGUCGUCGUUUUCCCGGACACAAUCCCACGCGAAGCUAUCCCAACAUUGGAAAUGAGCCUCCCAGGAAGACCACAAGUCACAAUUCCCAUUGAUGCUGAAGAGUGCAACCUCAUGGAGUUGGAUCCAGAUCAUGGGCGUGGGCAGAGGUAUGCGCAGGACGAUGAGGAAGAGUACUACUCUCACGGUCCGCGUGUCCAGCAGUGUGCUACGAGUUAAGCACUUCACGGCUGAAAGGAUGACACUGACACCCGGAAUGGGGAGAGUUGGUGUUUUAGGGGAUAUAUUAUUGAAGGAAAAAAAAAUUGUAAACUCGUGUGAGAGAGGGGAUAAUUAUGAUGCAUAAAAUCUAUCAACAAAAUAAACUUAUUCCAAUCGCUAACAAA